UCCAUCUAUGGCAAUGAAAUCCAAAACAUGUCGUUUGGAUUAAUAUUUAUAGCAGUUUUAUAUAUUUCUAAAAUCAUGUAAUUCGAUUUUAUGUUGCAAGAACGUUUCCAUAGAUCCAGCUAUUCUAUAAUAACCCGAAACCGGAAUGCGAGUUUGUCCUCUGCAGCGGCUAAUAAGAUAUUUAAAUAUAUGUGUGUGUUUAACAAACGGUUAUCAUCCCUGUGACUACAUAGCUGAUAAGAUAAUAUCUAGUUUUUAGCAUUCGGUAAUAAGGUUAACAUAAUCCGGAACUUUUAGUAGUGAAAAAAAUGAGUCAGAAAUUAGUAAAAACGAUUAGUGUAGCUGGGAUUGCAUUUGGGGGUUAAAAUCUCUAUAACAGACUAGCAAUGGGAAAUAAGACCAGUUGUUGUUCUUACUCAAGUCCGCAAUCAAACCACAGAGAUAUCAUACCUAUUGAAGAGACACUUCGUGAUGGAGAAAUCAGCGUAUCCAAUUUACAACAUAUUAGUGAAAGAGAAGAGGAUGAUGGAGAGGCUGAUCCUUCACAGGAUCCAAUGGCAAAAACCAUAUUUAUCGAGAGAUCAAAAACCGCCAUAGAAAAUGGUAUGAUAAGGAGGAAGAGCCAACAUCAAAUUGCUGAUGUUAGACCUCUAAAGAAAAGCAGUUCAUGUUCUACUAUAUAUCUUGAUGACAGUACAGUCUCCCAGCCCAAUUUGAAAAACACUGUCAAAUGUGUUGCAUUAGCUAUUUAUUAUCAUAUAAAAAAUCGAGAUUUGGAGAGACAGAUAGAUAUAUUUGAUGAAAAACUUCAUCCUUUAACCCGUGAUGGUGUGAGUGAUGAUUAUGACAAACACAAUCCAGAACAUAGACAGAUUUAUAAGUUUGUUCGAACUUUGUUCAAUGCAGCCCAAUUAACUGCAGAAUGUGCCAUUAUAACUUUGGUGUAUUUAGAAAGACUUUUAACUUAUGCUGAGUUAGAUAUACAACCAUCCAAUUGGAAGAGGAUAGUUUUAGGAGCAAUUUUGCUAGCAUCAAAAGUGUGGGAUGACCAAGCUGUUUGGAAUGUGGAUUACUGUCAAAUACUUAAGGAUAUAACGGUAGAAGAUAUGAAUGAGUUGGAAAGGAGAUUUCUGGAACUUUUACAGUUUAAUAUCAAUGUACCAUCUAGCGUUUAUGCGAAGUACUACUUUGAUUUGCGAACUUUGGCGGAAGCUAAUGAUCUGACUUUCCCCAGCGAGCCUUUGAGCAAAGACAGGGCUCAAAAGUUAGAGGCAAUGUCUAGAGUUAUGGCAGAUAAAUAUACUGCUGAAGCUAUCAAAAACGGUUUAAAAAAGUGGUCCAGUUUAGAUAAUAUUACCAAUGGGGGAAUAGGUGUUCGUAGAAGUGUGGCAAUAUUGUCGUGAUAAUGCUUUGCAAUACCAACCAAUUUGUCAUUUUACAGUUUUUUUGCAUUUAAAUAUAUUAUCUGAACCUAAAGAUUCAUUAAUAUUUUAUGUAGAUCAUAUUUAAAUUUGUUUUUUAAAAACAAAAAUGCUUUUUUUAUUGUAACAGGUGCUUCAAAUUUUAAUAUUGAGUAUCACAAUGAGUAGUAGUCUACGUUAACAGUAAUAGUGAAACAACCAGAAUUUUUGGAAGACUGAUUUGUAGAAAAUGGUGAUUGAUUCAAUCUAAAAUAUUCACUUCAUCCCAAUUAAUUUUUCAUUACAUGAAAUUGCCACUGAUACUUUGAAUUUAUUAAGGUUACUCUAUGAAGACGCCUAAAACCAGACUCUUGAAGAUUUACUAUAUGCUAGAUCUCUUUACUCUUAAUGCUUUCCUAGCGGGUCAAUUGUCAACAACAGAUCUUUUCUAUCUGUGAUAAACCAAGAAAUGUUUUUUCCAAAGAUUUUGAUUGUGAAAUUGUGCAUUUCAUUUUGGAAUUGGUUGUUGGUUCAAAAAAUUUUAUUUGGAAAUUAUAGAUAUGCAUGUGUCAUUUUAUUAUGACUUUCCCAUAUUUCCUGAUAUACAUGUUUGUAUUCACUAUUUAUACUUUUUACCUUAGUUAUAUCAGUAUGGAGAAUCUAUAUUUUACAUUAGCUCUUAGAUUUGAACAUUUUUAUAUAAAAAUAUAUCUUUCCUGUAAUAUAU